GAAAAAUAUUGAUAAUGAACAAUAACUCUAAUCAUCAAUAAGAAUCUAUUCCAUUUCCAUUAUUCAAUCAGAAAUUUUUCAGUGAAUUCUCUUAGGAUUCAAAUUUAAUUGGACAUCUUAAUUAAGAGAUGUUACAUCUCAAUCAUAAAUGUUAAUAUAAAUGGAUCAAUUAACCAAAGUCUGAAUGGACUUUUGAAAAUGAUAUUAAAAUGUUAGUUAUAACAUGGAAUAUGCAUGGAAUGAUACCUGGUUAUUCUUUAAAAAGACUAUUUAAUAUUGAAUAAGUUCAUCAUGAUUUAAUUGUUAUAGGAACAUAAGAAUGUUCAAGAAGCAUAGCAAUAUCCUUGCUUUGUGAAUCAAAAGGAAAUUGGGAAGCCAAAUUAAAAGAAGAAUUAGGCAAGAAUUAUGUUAAGGUAUAAUCUGCAACACUGAAUGCUAUGCAUAUAAUAGCAUUUGCUCAUGUUUUAUUGAUUCCUAAAAUAAAAAAUGGAAAACCUUAUACACUUUCAUAAGGUUUCAUGGGUAUUGUUGGUAAUAAAGGGGGAAUCGCUAUCUCAGUUAAUAUUAAUGAUAAAAUAUUUUUAUUUGCUAAUAGUCAUCUUGAAAGUGGAUAGAAUGCAGAAGCUAAAAGGUAAACUUAAUUCUCUAAACUUGAAACACAUUUUGAAAAUUAAGUUUUCUCUAGUCAUAAAAAUGUACCAUAUGAUUAUUUAAUUUGGACAGGUGACUUUAAUUCGAGAAUAGAUUAAAAAAUAACUACACAAACUAUCAGAAAUCAUUCCGAUUUUUUUGGAUGGUUAUCAAAUGAUUAAAUGUAUAUAAGUAGAAAUAAUUCAUUAAGUAUUUUAUUAACAUUAUAAUUAGAUUAUCAAUCAUAUUUCUAUGAAGGAAUGAUCUUCUUUCCUCCUACUUAUAAACUGUUAGAAAAUCAAAAUUUAUGGGCUGUAGGAAAUGAUUUCAGAAUACCUGGAUGGUGCGAUAGAAUUCUUUUUAAAGAAAAUAAAAAGUCUAAAAUCUUUUCAUCUACAUCUACUUAAGGAAUCAUUGAAAAUGCACCAUCAUCAAUUUAAUUAUAAAAUUAUGAUGCAAAUUUUGAUAUCUUAGGUAGUGACCAUAGACCUGUUUUUGCUUAAUUUACCGUUUCCUUUUGAU